UUUCCAAAUACGGAAGAACACCGACCGGAAGUGACCCUUUAAAGGUUAUAAUGGCGGCGCCCAGGCGAAGCUCAUGGAAAUAACAGAGACGACGUUCUUGAACAAUAUCAAAAAUGGCGUUGCUGGCAGGUGUGCGGAGGAACAUGCAGUAUAUAGCUGCAGUAGGGGCGGCGGUGCUGUAUGUGGGGAAGGUGUACCCCCAGGUGUGGGGGAUCCGGCGCUACAUGGAAGCGGUGCAGCUCUACAAGGAUGGGCUUCCGGUGCCACUUGAUGCAGACUCAAAGAGAAUCGGACAAGAGAUUCUGAACAAGCUGAACAUGGAUCCUGUUUCCGAAGCUAGUGUCCGAUUCUUCACUGUAUACGGACAGAACCUUCUGAGCAAGGGUUCUACCAGUACCAGAGAUGGCGCCAUCAUCGGUAUUCCCAACAACUUCACAUACAAGUCAACCAGUGAGAUUGAAAGAAACAAAAUUACCCUGAAAAAUGAAGCCAUCGACUGGCAUUCAGACUCUGGAGCCUCGCUGCUCGAGUCGUUGAUUUUCAGUGAAAAGGCGAAACGUUUUGCCAUAGCGCGAGAGGUGAUAUCCAUCAACACCUAUCAUGUUCAUACACAAGCCAUUCUUCUCUCCGGAUUCUUCUCAAUCACUUACUGUGCAGGUUUUGUGUUUAACAAAAUGACCAAUUUUAGCAAGAAGGUGCCAAUACCAGCAAGAAUGGUUGCCUACAGUUUUAUUGGCUGUAUUGGGGUGACCUUGUACUUGUUAGGUCUGGACACCUAUAAUAAUUACACAGACAGAAAGAUUGAGAAGCGAACAGCAUCGCUCAGGAGGGACUAUGUGGAGGGGGGAAUUGAGUACUACAGCCAGCUGCUGCAGCGGAAUGUUGCGCUGCGGUCACUGAUGAAGGAGGAAGGACCAAAGAUAUACACAGCGUACGGAAAUACCGUACACACCUGGAGAAGUCCUCACAUGCCGCUCUCCGCGAAGGAGAGACCAUCUGCUGGCAAAGCUGAAAGAUCUUGACCCUGAGAACAAAACUGAGAAGAAAUCCUAGUACUUUUAGCAUGUUCAAUAAAUAUAUGAAUUUUAUAUGAAUAAAUGUAUAUGACUUA